GAUUUCACCUGAUGUGCAAUUAUCCACUAAGCAAAUCCACUUUCGAAAACCUUAACAGCCUCAACACGAAGUGAAAUUAAUGUGAUGUACUUUCGAAAAUGACUUGCAGGGGAUACAUUUGAUGAUGAGUUGAAGGUAUUACAUAUUAACAAUAUUAUUUUACAUUUGACUUGAAACAACCCUUUCUUGUGAAAAUCGGCCUUUUGUUUGUUAAUUUUAUAUGUGACAUAGUCUGUGAAAACCCAGCUAAUUGUGUUUUAUGGUUUUCUGCAAAAAUAAUGUAAAGAACAUUAUGUGAAAAAUAUAAACUCAUGAGUAAGGCCAUGUCAAAGAUUAAAAUUAUUAAUUGAAAAUGUUCGAGUUUCAUUGUAAUUCUCAGUUCCAAGCAAACAUAUUAAAUUGUUCAAUUUGAUCGGUUUUAUCAAGUAGCCUGUAACACUGUAAAGCCUGUAAAGAAAUUUAGUUCAUUUUAAAAACAUUUUGCAUCUUCUUUAUAACUUCUUUAUAUACUGUCCACAUCCGCUAGUGCUGUUUAUAUAACUGUGUGACCUCUAUUAUGAGUGCUUUACAAUUAAAAGUUCAGAAUGACCCACUUUUACUGUGAAAUUUAACAAGCUUUAGAUGACAUCUGAUCUGACAUCUCAUUUUAUUAAUUUUAUUAAGAAUAAGUAGUACAUAGUUUUAAGAGGGUUUGUAGUUUUGGUUUCCUGUUUAUAGUUUUCAAAAUAAAGUGUUUAAGGAAAUAAACUUCUGGUUCACAAUAUGACAUACAUAGACUCAACACAAAACAGACUGAUGCACGUGCACGGCAGCUGUGUUCCGGCGGCGCGGUUUUACGCACAGCUUCUCCGCGCGUGUCAUCUGAUGCGAUUAUCAUCAGACCUCCCGUCGUGAUUAUGUCAUCGGCACGGAUAUUAGUUUGACAUUUAAAUGCUUUCGGAAAGUCUUGAGACCUUGACUGCAUCCACGCAUCAGAGAUACAGUAGGCAACAGCUGGUGUUUUUACUACAAAAGUUGAAAUCUGAAGUUGAAUGAUGAAACUCUCGGGAUGUAUUUUGUGGAUGUGUGCAACCAGCAGAAUCCUGUCCUCAGCAUUACCAUCAACACUGUCGAUCAAAAAGUGUGAGGUCCUGGAGUACACCAGUAUCACGUGUUACUGGGAAACAACUAACCAUGCAGUUGACCACAGCAGCUACAGACUUCAAGUUAACAAAACGGAUUGUGAUAGUAGCUUCUUCUCAGAGGGCCUGUGUGACACCAGAGGAUCUCAUUGCUCCAUACAGCCGAUUAAUUCUGCUUUCCACUGUUUCUGUGCGGAUGUGCUGGCGGUCACAAGCGAUGGAUCCAUACGGUCACCACACUUCUGUUUCAAUGGCAUCAAUCAAGUCAAACUUCAUCCUCCAGCAAUAACGCUUCUCGGCCCAGCGCCAGGGCGAUCCGACUGUGUGCAGAUGGGCUGGAAAAUGCGAUACACCCUCCCUAAUAGUGAGAAAUCCUUCAGAUGGCUCCAAAUGGAGUACACGACACAUGAGCAGACUUGGUCACAAACUUUUCAAGCAUAUGCCAAGGACAGGAUGGAGCUAUGUGAUUUAUACCCGGGGUCCAGAUACACAGUGAAGCUGAGAGCUCAGGACAGUCGAGCACCCACUCACUGGAGCUCAUGGACGUCCAAAGACUUCAUGACUGUAGAAAAAGCCCCAUCUGCUGCUCCUCGACUGUGGAGACACAUAAGACCAGCAGAAGAAACAAGAAAGAGACAGCUUAGCCUGCUUUGGAAGCCUCUCUCCUGGCCUGAAGCGAAUGGUGUCGUGCUCAGUUACACAGCAUCAUGCCGCAGUGAUGUGGAUUCAUCGCAGUGGACCUGCGGCACCCUGGAUCCCUCCAAAACCUCCUGUGACCUCACUGUGUCUCUGAAUGCCUGUAACUGUAGCCUGACAGCUGCUAACUCAGCUGGGACUUCACCUCCAUCCUAUAUCUAUAUACCAGGAGACACGGAUAAAAAACUCCCACCUCCUACAAGUAUCAGCGUCAUCUCAUUGGAUGAUACCCGACUAAAGCUGGAAUGGACAACUGCACCGAACCAAUCAGAGACCGGCUUUGUGGUGCAGUGGAUUUAUAUACUUCACAAUGAAACAACGGGUCUGCACUGGCAACACUUAAAUGAAACAUCGAGAAGUUUUAUUCUCACAGGUCUGCUGCCUGAAGUCCCAUAUAAUCUUUCAGUUAUGAGUCUAUACGAGGGAAUAGCAGGAGGUGACACAUCUCUCAUUGCUUUCACACGAGAAGGAGCGCCCUCUGUUGGCCCAGAGCUGACAGUGCUCAAGACCAGUGGCAAAACUAUUCAUCUACAAUGGGAUCCUGUACCUAUAGAGAAACUACAUGGCUUCAUCAAAAACUACUCCGUUCUGUACAGCAUUAAUGGCAAAGACAAAAGAAAACAGGUAGGGGGCGAUGUUGAGCAGAUCUAUCUGAAUGGAUUAAUGGAAGGAACCUACAACAUCUGUGUAAUGGCUCACACUGUAGCAGGGGGCGCCGCUGGGCCGUGGCAGAUGGUGGCUUUGGGGUAUGAUGAUGUACAAGUCAUCCCAAUACUGAUGUGUGCGCUACUACUGAUCUUUAUCAUUCUAAUACUCCCCGUAUGCAUGAGUGUGAGGAUUAAACGGUGCUUGUAUCCGACCAUCCCAGACCCAUCUAAAAGCACCAUGUCUGCUUGGUCCAACUGGAAACCAGGUCAGAACACCUCAUCCACCGUGAGCUCUUUCUUCUCUAAUGGUCAAACCACACAUUACAGCGGUUACAGUGAGAAAGACUACAGCCCAGUUCAAGUGCUGAGUCCCCAAGCUGUUGGACGUACAACUGACAACAUGGCCCAAACCAACAUUUGCAACUACACGUCGAUGAAAACGACAGAGGAACCAAAACCAAAUCUCCACGUGGAUUUCAUCAACCAGAGCUACAUCAGACCAGACCAAAUCAUGUCUGAUUGUUAUCAAGAUGGCUGUCAAUCAUUGAAUGAACCGUUUCUACAUACGGUGCUCAGCUACCAAAGCGUUCCAACGGCACAGGAAAAACUAUGUGAUUACAUCCACGUGUCCCAGAGCUCCUUGUCUAGCGUUACAAUCGUGGAUUCGUACAGGACUCUUGCUUUUGAUGAAUGUCCACGCGUUUUCCAGGGUUUACCAGAGGACCAUGGCACGUAGUUCAGCAGAACAGUGCAUACAUGAACCAAUAGGAAAAGAUUAUAUCGGAUAUGAUGUUCCUUUUGACCCUGACCUUUAUAAUCUCACAAUUUAGGCCUGCCAAAAUAAUCUCCAAACACUGGAUGGAUUUUGGCAAACAGGCUUGGGUUGCAUGAGAAACAAAAUGUGCCAAAAAUAAGGUCUAUCAUCAAUAUUUCAAAUCCAACACAAAAGUAUAGCCUACUCUGCUAACUGUUUUGUAGGUGUGCACUUCAAGCUUUCUUGAUUAUAAUAGGAGCGAUUAAUGCCUUCUUUAUGAGUGUGUUGGUGCGCGAGGUGACAAAGACAUCUGCGCAGUUUGGUGGCAGUGCGCACCGGGGAGUAGCCGGCAUUUUAAACGUGAGGAGAUAAGGACAUGUAUAUGUAUAUAGUAAAGCUAAAUAAAGUAAACUGACAUAUUAGACUCCAACACAUUCUUUAUAAAGUGGUCUACCAGUAAAAUUUACGACCAACAAUUAUUCAGACACUUCGACCUGACCAUGUUUUGCUUAAAGGGUUUUUUCUUUAAUUCAAGGUGAACUUGUUCUGCAAAUAAACUGUGAAAUGUGUGAAGGUGUCUGAAUACAUUUUGGUUUUCUGUAUAGAUACUGUACAGGACUUACCCAUAAGGCAAAGGUCUGCAAUUGCCUUGGGCCCCAAGGGGCCCCGAAACACAGGUGUGAUAUCUAAAUUAUAUUUCAUUGGCUGUUCUAUUUAUUAAUAUUUUGUACAUUUCAGUAAAUCCACAUGGAAGUUUUAAUGUUAUUAUUACAUCUGCGUGAAUGCGCCCCAUUAUAUUUUAGAGAUGAUCAUUCCUUGUGAAAAGGUUCAACAUUUGUAUAAUAAGAGAUAUGCACAAAGAUAUAGAUAUUUGUAAUGUUGUUUUGUUGUUGUUGUUUAAAUAUAACAGUGUGUUAAAGGUCCCGUUCUUUCUGUGUUUUUGAAGCUUUGAUUGUGUUUACAGUGCGCAAUAUAACAUGUGUUCAUGUUUCACGAGUAAAAAACAUGAUCUUUUUCACACAAUUGACUUUGACAUCUGUAUAGCGUUGUUUUCACCGUCCUCAAAACGAGCUGAUGUCUUCCUUUUAUGAAGUCCUUUAUCGAGUUCUGAUUGUGUAGUUUGUUUAGUGUGUUGUGAUUCGACAGCAGCUUAGCUUAGCAGAGCCGUUAGCUUAGCUGCCAACUGAUGUAUUCCUGUGGGCGGAGUUUAGUCAGAAACUGUUCUAGUGACGCCAUUAAAGCAGGAAGUAGAGCGCUGUAGUCCAAACCGGCCGUUUUGCUGUUGGCUUUGAAAGAUGAAUUCUGUUAAAGAAAAUAUAUCGCCUGCAGUAAACUUUGAGCUUUAUCAUUUUACAAGUAUUAUUCAUGCUAUUAUAGCAACAUUACACUCUAAGUAAAGUUUGAAAAAUGGGAUCAGAAAGAAUGUGACCUUUAAUAAAAACAGGUUUGAGAUGGUAGAAACAAUGUUCAUUUAAAAAACAGCAGAUGACUCUGAGCCAAAUCCACACCAAAUCCACACCAAAGUCAGUGGCUCCGGUGCAGAUCUGGUGCGGAUCCAGCCUGGAGUCGUCUUAAAGAUACUUUAAUAAAUAUUUUUAACCCUUGUGCAUCCUUGAGGACAUUUUUGUCUUUUUCAGUUUUGUUUUUUUUGAUAACUUUGCCUGCGUUAAUGCUAACUGCAUAAAAUUUGCCACAGGUGUGCAUUUUUAUUGGAAUUUUAAUAUUUCACCUUCAUUUCCUUUAAAAAAUCUAUUUUCUACUAGGUACACAAAAUACUUCCUCUCAGGACCUUUUGGACAAAAAUGUCCCCAUUGAAACCCAUUAAAACUGCAAUUUUUAAUCCCGGUGCCAUUCAACUAUAAAAUGAUGCAAUCUUUGUUAACAGGCUUUCAUUCUGUUGGCAAGGCUUCAAAAUUUAAAUUUUUACUAUUUUUUACCAGAUGGUGCCAUUUUUUUAGGUUUGGCAUAUAAAGCAAAUUAUCGCUUUAUUGUUGUUUUCUGCUUAUGCAUAUUAUAGAGCCAAUUAGAUAUAUUAUGAAGCUAUAAUUGUGUGGGUGUGUUGGUAUGGAUGUCAGAGUGUGGUUUGUAUGUGUGUACUGAAAAUGUUAUGUGUGUGUGUGUGUGUGUGUGUGUGUGUGUGUGUGUGUGUGUGUGUGUGUGUGUGUGUGUGUGUACCUGGUAAUUAUCACGUUGUGGUGACCAAUUGUCCCCACAAAGAUAGGAAUACCAGUAUUUUUGUGACCUUGUGGGGACAUUUUGAGGUCCCCAUGAGAAAACAAGCUUAUAAAUCAAACAGAAUGAUGUUUCUUGAA